AUGGCUGGCGCGGUGAUUGAAAAUCUGAGCAAUCAGAAACUGACAUACAUUCUUUCAUCCUUAUUUGUCUUGCUUAUUGGUUUCUUCCUCUUAGGUGCCUUAUGCGCUCCACAGCCGUCUUCUUCUAUGAAGUUUGACAUGUCAGCAUGCAAUGAUUCAAAAAUGGGAAAAAAUCAAAACGAAUGGUUUUACAUACGGCCUUCGGUUAGUGAGUCUAUCUCAAUUUUUCCUUUGUUGCAUUAUGAGUAUUCUAUUUCCUGUAAAAUGAGGGGAUGUAGGCACAUUGAAGAUUUGAAAAAAGCUCGCGAUGCCAGGGAGAUUGUGUUUGUCGCUCAAAUGCCACAUCCGCGUGUUGGAGUUCAGUUGGAGUACUCUCGGUGGUUUCAGUUUUUGUUAGGACUUCUAGAUAUUCGUACUGUUUACGCCUCAGAUUCUCGAAUGCCAGAUGAAAUUAUUAUUCUUCUGGAGGUACGUCUUGGUUAUCGAACGCACAGUGAUCCUGAAGAAACGUGGCACGAGCUUGCUACAGCAAAUACAACAAGAACGUUACGCUGUAAAUCUCCUGCUCUCAAAGAAGAAGGAGAUAUUUACGACUGCGAUACGCUAGACCUGUUCGAAUUAGGUUCAAACCCUUAUCCGUUUUACUUACUUAACAUUCGUCUUCCUGUUGACCGAGAAGCUUGUAUGCGUAGUCCAGACCCCUCAAAGGUGCCGAACUGUGCUCUGGCAAUGAUUGACCUUAUUACUUUAAUAGAGAUACAUCAGAAUGGUGGUUUCACAGCUAUUUGGCUAGGGCUAAAAACCGUUAUAUUCCCUCUGGUCUUUGUUAUGCUUGUUUGGUACUGGAAACGCAUUUCGGGUUUACCUCGUUAUCCCUACUUAGUGGAGAAGGCGAUUUUCGUUCUUGGACUUAGCUUGGCGAUUUUAGAUUUUCCCAUGGAGUGGCUUUCUUUAUGGUUCAAAAUACCUUUCCUUUUAUUUGUUACCGAUGUAAAACAAGGCUUUUUCUACGCGGUACUAUUUAGUUUCUGGUUAGUUUUUGCUGGCGAACAUCUCAUCGAUGAUACUUCAAGAAACAACUUGGCUUCUUACUGGAAAAACUUAUCAUCAGUUUUGGUUGCUUCACUCUGUUUUCUUGUUUAUGAUAUAGCGGAAAGAGGUAUGCAGUUGUCGGAUCCAUUUUUCAACAUUUGGUCCUCUGAAAGGGGAACGAAACUUGCAUACACUAUGAUCUACACCGCAUCUGUUGCGACGGUUGCUUAUUUCUGCUUCUUGUUCUACAAGGUCGUUCUUGUAUGGAUGACUGUUAGGCGGAAGAGAGAAGCUCAACUGUACCGAACAAGUGAGACUCGUAGGAUAAAGGUUGAAGCUGUUAUUUAUCGAUUUAAGUUUAUGAUGUGUUUUACACUGGUUUGUGCAGCAUUUACUGUUACUUCUUAUCUUUUGAAGCAGCAUGGAGAGGGUCAGAUGCACGGUGACGAAUAUUCUGAAAGUCCGCUGACCAAUUCUACUUCGGCGUUCUUUACCGGUACUUUCGGUAUGUGGAAUAUCUAUGUACUUUUACUUUUGUCGUUGUACGCUCCAUCACACAAGCAGUAUGUUACAAGUAUUGCUUUAACUGAUGAGGCAGAUGAUCUCAUUGGUAGCAGUGGACCAGAAUCUUCAGGCUCAGCUUUAGCUGCAUUUACAAAACUUGCUACGGAUUAA